UUGGCCAGUGGUAUCGCCUCAGGUGCACUGAUUAAAGAAUAAAGAGUGCACACGGCUCACCCAGGGAACCAGUAUCCAUCUAGCAAGCACCAAUCUGAAAAGUGAUGGAGACUGUCCUACUCCUAACUGCCCUGUGCACUCUGUUUGCUGCUGUUGCGGGUGUUGGUGAUGACAGUGUGCGUUUCCUGGUGAUAGGAGACUGGGGUGGGCUUCCAUAUUCCCCGUUUUCUACAGCCAUAGAACGGGCCAUUGCCAAGCAGAUGGCCAAGGUGUCAUCGAAUAUUGACUCACAGUUUUUACUAGCACUUGGAGACAAUUUCUAUUUUGAUGGAGUGGUCAAUGUCCAUGAUCCAAGAUUCCAUGAGACAUAUGAAGACGUCUUCACACACGAUUCCCUCCAGACACCGUGGUACUUGGUUGCUGGCAACCAUGAUCACCGUGGUAAUGUUACAGCGCAGAUUCUCUACUCGCAAGUUUCCAAAAGAUGGAACUACCCAGACUACUACUACACCAUGUCCUACCCCAUUCCCAAUUCCAAGAAGACCGUACGCUUUGUUAUGAUAGACACGAUUUUACUUUGCGGCGUCUCAGACACUCAUUAUUUAGGAGAGCCUCCCCUUGGUGCAGCAGAUCAGAGUGUGGCGGAUAAACAGUGGCUGUGGAUUGAGCAACAGUUGAGCCAUAGCAAGGAUGACUAUCUGAUUGUUGCUGGUCACUACCCAGUGUAUUCCAUCGCUGAACAUGGUCCGACAGAUUGUCUCAUCAAGCAACUUGAUCCAAUGCUUCACAAGUACAACGUCAGUGCAUUCAUGUCUGGUCAUGAUCAUAAUUUGCAGCAUCUGGUUUACACUGAUGUUCUUUACAAAACCAAGAUGGACUAUUUCGUGAUUGGCUCAGCAAACUUUAUCGAUAAUUCAAUCAAGCACAAGAAUGCAGUUCCAAAAGGCUCUUUGAAGUUUCACUGGGCAGAUACUUCCACUUUUGGAGGCUUUGCCAAGGUUUUGAUUACUCCACAUGAUAUGACUCUAACCUUAUUGAGAGCUAAUGGUGUUGAGCUCUAUCAAAAAACUAUUCGACCAAGAUUUUAGCAUUAGUUCAUAACCAGCUUGUUUUCCAGUUCAUUGCAAGUUUUAACAGUUUAAUGAACUGUUCCUACAGCUGAUCUCAUCUUUCAAAAAACUAUUCGACCAAUAUUUUAACAAUAGUUCAUAACCAGCUAGUUUUCCAGUUUAUUGUAAUCUUUAACAGUUGAACGAAAUGUUUCUGUAUCUGAUCUCAUACCAGAAAUAUGUGUGAUGAAAUGAUGAUAUCUUUACCCUUUGUAAAUAUUGAUGUUUAUACUCAAACAGAAAAUUAUGCAUCAUAAUGUAUAGUCACCCAAUGUAUGGCUUAAGAUGACGUCGCUGCCAGCAAGCUAAGGAUAAACAGACAAUGAUUAUGGCACAUUAAGCUUUGGCUUCAUCAAAGUCAUUAUCAGAUCAUAAAAACUAUUAGAAGCCAUGCACUGUUAAUCAGAUAUUAUAUGACUACAAUGUAUAGAGUGAACAUAAUUUGAAUAUAAUUGUCAAAGAAAUUUUGACAGAAUAGAGGAUAUCAUUUGAAGGACAAGACAUCACUGUCUUGCAUUUUUACAUUUUUUACAUUUCUUACUGAGGUGCUUUUUACUGUACAAUUUUGGGUUGAAAUGACAGUGGGAAUCUUGGGUUGCCUGCUGUCAGCUUCUGUGUAAUUUUAGCACAGUGAUGAGAGUGUAAUGUGUGUAUACCCCAGGUUGUCUGCAGGAUGGAACCUCGGUUUUAAUUUAAAAAUCAGUAUCAACGAAGUCUGUGAUAUAAGUUUAGGAUCCUGAAGCAUGCUUCUGAGCCAAAGUCUACACAUUUCAAAUGAAUUUUUUCAAACAUAUGAUUAUUUUGUGUAAAUAGUGAGCUUUAAUGCAGAAUAUUUGUAUAAGAAGAUGUAAAUUAAAUAUAAUUUUAA